AUGGCACUGAACUAUGUGGUGACGGCACAUAAAUCCACCGUGAUCACGCAUGCGUUGGCCGGUGAUUUCAUACGGCCAAAAGAGAUCUCGUUCGUGCUGGCCACAGCAAACCGGAUUCAGCUGUUCCUGGUUGCUCCAGAUGGGCUGGUACCAUUCCGGGAAUGUCCGAUAUACGGGCGUAUCGCUUGCUUGAAGAUAUUUCGACGAUACGAUGAGAAUGUGGAUAGUUUAUUAGUUCUGACAAGCAAAUAUCAUUUGGCUGUAAUACAAUGGAUGCCAACUGGUGCUGUAGUGACACGAGCCUAUGGACAAAUCGCUGAUCGAGUUGGACGACCGUCCGAUACCGGAAUGCUGGCUGCCGUACAUUCCUCAGGGCUUAUGGUAUUUCGACUCUAUGAUGGCGUACUAAAAAUGGUCAAAUGGGCUGAGGGCAGUGAAUUGCGUGGUGUGAACAUAACAUGCGAUGAUUUGUUCAUUGUGGACCUGGUUUUCCUUCCCGUUCCUGGUAAAUACUCUUAA